AUGCAUCUCUUUCUCUCUUCAUCACUUACUUAUUUCUUUGAUUCAUUUAUUUUAGCCAUUGAAUGCAAUCCAGGAUGUCAAAAUGGUAUAUGUUUUAGUAAUUCUUGUAAAUGCUAUUCAGGUUAUACAGGAACAUAUUGUGAAAUCAGAGAUUUUUGUUCAUUUAAUCCAUGUGAACAUGGUGGUCGAUGUAUAUCGACUAGUCUUAAUUUUGUAUGUGAUUGUACAGGUACAGGUUAUACUGGUGUAACUUGUACUGACAUUAUAACCAUAGAUGUUUGUGCAAAAAAUCCUUGUGAGAAUGGCGGAAUUUGUCAUAGUAGUGGUAAUUCUUUUGUAUGUGCAUGUCUGUCAGGUUGGACGGGUACAUUGUGUGAAUAUCCUCAAGUAGUGACCACGACAUCUACGUUUACUACACCAAGUGUUGGUAUUACAUGUGCGAAUCAACCAUGUCGCAAUGGUGGAAUAUGCUACAAUACUGGUAAUUCGUACUAUUGCUAUUGUGGACCAACCAAUACUUAUACUGGUGUAAACUGUGAAAUAGUCUCAUCAACAAUAGUACCUAGUUGUCCAUUAAACUGUGCACCUGGUUACUGUGUACCUUCGGGCACUCCUGCACAUCCAUAUGUUUCGAUUGAAUGCAAUCCAGCAUGUCAAAAUGGAAUAUGUAUUGGUAGUUCUUGUAAAUGCAAUCGAGGUUAUACAGGAACAUAUUGUGAAAUCAGAGAUCUUUGUUCAUUUAGUCCAUGUGGGAUACAUGGUACUUGCAUGAGAAUAAAUCUGCCAGAUGGACCUAUGGCAUAUUGCAAUUGUGAAGAUCGAUGGACAGGGAAAUAUUGUGAUGUGAAUAUAGAUGAAAAUUGUCCUAUUCGAUAUUGCUUUUCGGGUGGUACAUGUGAAAUGAAUAUAAAUAUUCCCUACUGUGUUUGUCCAGCAAUGUACACAGGUGAACGAUGUGAAUUCUUAGUAGGUGCUUUAACAACUAUUAUGACAACUGUAUCAGAAUGUCCGUUAAACUGUGCACCUGGUCGUUGUAUUUUCUCUGGUAAUGCUCAAAAACCAUAUGCUUGUUUGUGGAAUGGAGUUAUGCGUCCUUCACAUGGUACUACAGGAUAA